GGAGAGCUAUAUGGAUUAGCCAACUUAAUCUUCGAUUUUAUUCGUCUAUCACGCGGGAACGUAGAGCAAAUCAUUUUCUUUGUGUAUCUUUCGUUUUCCCACGGCCGGUCUGUCGGGAUGCUUUUAUAGGAAUGGCAUUGGAUAUAUAAUAACGAACUAAGAUGAUGAAACCCAGGCUGUCGCUCCUAUUGCUGUGGUCGCUCUGGUCAACGACAGGCUUAGGGCUCAGUGAAUUCGUGUCCGAUGGAGAUAGGAUACUCGAUAACAGAAAACGGGGCGAUGGUGAGAGAAAUGAUCCGGUAGCGGUGAGAUGGGAUCUGACGGGGAGGAACGACGAAGCCCAGCUUCCUUCGAUUACGGCGGCGCCAAUUAUACCAACAGAAAGUUUACUAAGUGGCCCUCGCCUUCAAAUUCGCCAAACCACCGCGACUACCACAGAUUCAGAUGAUGCAGACGACGACGAUGAUGACGAUGGGCCACCGCCUCCACCAGGCGCGCCUCCCCCGGUCCAGGCUAGCUUCAGCAUAUCCAACAGUGUCUCGGCCUCUGUAUCAAGCAGUGUGGCGGGUAGCGUGGCAGCCAGUGUGGCAGCCAGCGUAACAGGCGUCUUCACGUCAUCGCUUCUAGCGCUUUCAGCAGCGUCGUCUAGUGCUGUCAUAUCCGCACGCGCAGCCGGAAUAGCCGAAGGAAUAUCGUCAGCUACGGCGGGUGCGACAACCGCUGCUCCGCCACCGACGACUGGAGCUACCAGCAGCACGUCUGCGGCGUCAGCGACUAACACAAAUGCUGCUAGUGCCAUUGCAAACAUACAGACGAGCGCUAGCAAGGCCGUGGAGGAAGCACAGGCUAGUGCUAGCAUCAGCGCGCAGAGUGCCGUAGAAGCGGCGAAAGCUAGCGCGAGUGCUAUCAUGGCCAACGCGAGUCCUCAAUCCCAAGGCUCAAGCCUAACCCCAGGUCAAAUCGGAGGCAUCGUCAUAUCCAUCGCCUUCAUCUCCUCACUCCUCUCCGCCCUCGCCACCUUCCUCCUCAUGCGACGCAAAGCGCGUCAACAAGAUGACUCCAACAAAUACGAACCCGACCUUUACGCCCCGCGAACCCUGGAACCAAUCCUGCCCCCCGUCCCAGAACCGCGUCCACACUCCCUCUCCCAAUCCAUCCGCAACCGGCUCUCUUCCUUCCACGCCAUGUUCGGCGCGCCCAUAAUGCCGCCCUACCGCCGGAGUCAAUCCCCGAGCAACAGCAACGUCGACGCUUUCUCGGCGGACAUAAAACGGCGGCCCCCAACGUCCGAGCACCCGGCGAUGGCCAUGGCCAUGUCGCACAACGCGCGACCACUCAGCGACCCCGUUUUCCCGGUGUCCCCGGUCUCGUCCGUCGGCGACCAAUCGCUGAUCCUACAGAGCACCGAGCCGCAAGCGCGACUGCAGCCGUCACCACCGGUCCCGGUGAUCGUCGAGGCAGCAGCAUCACCAGUCCCAGCCACAGCCGUAAGCGCGAGUGCGCGGGCGUCGGCGGCACUAGCGCGGGUAUCGUUGGCGCGCGAGCAGGUCAUAAGCGGAGGACAACGGCCUUACCUAGUUCGCGUGGGCAGCGGACGGGAACAAAGUGGAGAUCCGCUAUCGAUGAACCCCGUGAGCGCGGAGCUGAAGUACGACGUAGCGCCCCCAGUAUCCGCGACGGGACAAUGCCACAUGACGUUCCCGACCCACCUAUCGAUGGAAGACGACGGACACGGGGGAUGGAGGACCAGCGGCGGGACGGAGAUGAGCAGCACGCCUUCGUUUCAAGUACAAGCGCCGAUCCCUCGGCGGCUCGUCGAUCCUGUUUCCCUCGAGCAAGGGCCGAAUUAUCUGCCGCAUGCGUAUUGAUGAAGUUGAAGU